AUGUGCGCUGAAGGCAGAGGGGAGGAAUGCUGUCUCCCUGUGCUCAUAUCUAAAGGCAAGGCAUCCAGGCACAAACUGGCCCGAUACCACCAACAGCCACUUAGAAGCACUUACCCUGGCUCCCUGGCAGGCCAGGAGAAGAAGGAAGAGAUGCAGAAAUGGCAGGCCAGUGCACGCACCACAAUAUUGGCUGAUGACACUCAGAAGUCGAAAAUCUACCCUCCAGAUGAGACGGGAAACCGAUCUUACAUGCAAGACACUGCACACCUAUCCUGGUUUGCCAGACAGCACCUUCCAGCUAGCUCGGACAGAGCCACGACAUGUACCAAAUGA